GACUAUUUCCGAGAGACCCUCGACUCAAAGAAAAUGAAACAUAUAUAAUUUUAAAUCAGUUGCAACAUAAAAUGUGAAUAUGACUAGUAUCAGAAAUUAAAAUGAAGUUAGUUUUGGAGGGUAAACAGAAAGUUAACUGUAAAAUCAAGAAUCAAGAAGUUGGUUUUCUAUAUAAACAUUUUGUCUUCUCAUCAUUUCCAUCCAUUUUUUUUCAUUUGAUAUAAUCUCCUCUCUGAGUUUGAUUCAAUAAAGUUGAUACAAUGAUGAUAAUAUGCGACCACACCAACAAAUCAAGAAGAAAUUCUAAUGAAAGAAUCUACUGUCGUACGUACAGAAAUUCAGUUGCACGCGUCCAAGAUUAUAUUUUGAUGGUUUAUCCAGGAGGGAUCUUUAGUAGAGUGCGUAAUGUUCUUGUAUCGGACGAUGUGAAUCAUCAUUUUGGAAGUACCAUAGCCAAUACUUACUGUGGCCAAUGUGGAACGAUGAUCGGGUGGAAAUUUAUUGAAGCCCCACGAUGGUACGAGUAUGUUAGAGAAGGAAGAUUCAUUUUGAAAUUGAGCGAGCUUAGUUUCUGGAAUGGUGUAUCAUUGCUUCAUUUAGGCGCUAACGAGCAAAAUGUUGAUCAAGAUUUAGGCGCUAAUGAACAAAAUGAUGAUCAAGAUGAAGACGCUAAUGAACAAAAUGUUGAUCAAGAUGGAGAUGCUAGUACGCUUAGAUUCAUUUUGUUAUUGAGCGUGGUUACGUUCUGGAAUGGUGUAUCGUUGCCUCAUUUAAACGAGGAACAAUAUUUAGGCGCUAAUGAGCAAAAUACUCAUCAAGAUGGAGAUGCUACUACGAUUAGAUUCCUUUUGUUCUUGGGCGUGGUUACGUUCUGGAAUGGUGUACCGUUGCCUCAUUUAAACGAGGAACAAGAUUUAGGCGUUUAUGAGCAAAAUGCUCAUCAAUACUUCAGACGCUAAUGAGGAAAAUGCUGAUCAAGAUGGAGACUCUAUUGAUCAAAAUGAUGAUGCUAAUGAACAAAGUUCUGAUCAAGAUUUAGGCGUUAAUGAGGAAAAUGCUGAUCAAGAUGGAGGCGUUAAUGAACAGAAUCAUGAUUCAUAGGGCGGCACGCCAAUGAACUGAAUGAAGAUGUAGACAUUGGUAACCUAUUCUGCUUAUACGAAAUGCUAAAAUACAUAACAUUCUGUUUUCAUUUCUGUUAGUUAGUUCAGACGCGCUGCAAUAAUGAGGCGUUGUUAUGUAUGUAUAGUUACACUGGAGUCUGGACAUUUAGAUUUUUUUUUCGAGGUUCAAGAAGAAGGAGAGGAACCACAGCCCAAUGGUGCUUUUACGAAAGUAUGGUCACCGGGGGCUAAUACCUUCUCGAGACUGUCGAACCUAAAAUCCACUUUUCAUCUCAUUUGGCUGUUAUAAAUGAAAAUAUAGUAGGUACUGUUGUCAUUGUUGUUAUGGGUAAAAUGUUGUUAAGUAAAAUAAAAUAUAAUAUGAAAAUCGAUUCUUCUAAAAAAUCAUAGCAUUAUAAUUAAAUGUCGUUAUAAGUUCAGAAGAAUCUGAUUGUAUCUGCAUAGUCAAGCUUAAUAGGAAUUAAUUUCAUUUUAUGAGCUUUGUGUAAUACAAAAGUAUUACAUUAUUUGUAUGUUCUUCAAAACAAGGGGAAAAUGACCUAAUAUAAUUUUUAAUUUUGUCAUUUGGAGCUGAUAUGUCCCUCGUGAAAGUGGCUUACAUAUAUCCUCACUGUUAU